UCCAGAGAGAGGAUGAGAUGAAUGAGGAGGACGAGGAGAAGGAGAAGUGGAAAAGGCCACCGUCCAGCUACGGUUCAAUGAAGAGCGAGAGUGACGACAUGGAGAACAACGUGGAGGAGAAGCAGGAAGCUGCAGACGUGGUAGCAAAACUACCUGAACCGAGAGCUCCCACAGGGACAGGGAUACAGAUCAAGGAUCGCUCCGAGUCUCCAGAAACCCUGUACACCAUGACCACGCAGCAGACCAGAGCGCCCGGAGCUGUGGUCAUUGAUACCAGCUCUGUUGAUCUGGAAGACUUUUAUAAAGAUGAAGAGGAUGAGGAAGAAGAUGAGUAUUUAAUAACUAAUUCUCCAGAACCGCCUGAGCCCAUUGAACCAGAUGAUCCACUGCCUGACGAGAACAGCCAGCCCGGCAGGCUGCACCCAGAACAGGAUCUGCCUCAUGUCUUUAAGGAGCAACAGCUGCCAACCAGUCUUUUACAACUGUGGGGGGAUUUUGGUGUAAAAGUUUAUUUCACAGCUGAAACAGUCGUUGCUGUGAUGGACACUUGUGUCACACAUUCUUAUUGCUUUUAUUUUGGAUGCAAACUAUGCUCUGCAGGACAAGAUCGAGCUCUGACUCACACAAUAACGAAUCUGGAAAAUAUCAACAAGAAGCCAGAAGCAGAGGAGCUGUCAAACAUGUGUAAGAGAGCAUUGAUGCGUUUCCGCUUGCAGCAGGCUUUAUUCAGAAAACAUCAAGUCAUCAGGGAGGGAGUCAUUCAAGCUGGGAGGCAGAACUUUCUAGACAAGGUCUUUGUGGAGCCGGAGAUUUCCACCUCUGGUUGUGGAGGAAUUUAUCCCACCCACGAUUUACGACCACCUGCGUCCCCUGUCCCGGUCCCCAGCCCUGACACCUUUGUUGGACUGAACAAUUUGAUCCGACUAAAGAAAGAUGACGGUGCUCCGGUGAGGACGGUGGUGACCACAGGGCUUCCAGGAGUUGGCAUGACUGUGUGUGUGGGAAAAUUCUGCCUGGAUUGGGCCGAACAGCGGGCCAAUAAGGAUAUCCAGUUUGUCAUCAAACUUUCAUUCAGAUCUUUGUGGGUCCUGCGAAACAAACACCUCCCUCCUUCUCAGACGAUGUCCAUCAUGGAAAUCAUUGAAUAUUUUUAUUCUGACUGCAAAGAUGUAAAGCCUUUCCUGGAGGAGGAUGAAUGUAAAUUUCUCAUCAUAAUGGACUCAUUUGAUCGUUACCAGAGUCCUUUGGACUGGGAGAAUGCUCCAGUCAUACAUGACAACGAAACUCCGGCACAUCCUGACGUCCUGGUAGUAAACAUCAUCAGAGGUACUGUGCUCCGCGGCGCCCGCCUCUGGAUCCUAGGCAGACGGGGGGCUGUCUCACAGAUACCUUCCAAGUUCAUCGAUGCAGUCACAGAAAUCCAGGGCUUCAACGAUGACAUGAAAGAGUCCUACCUGAAGAAACGCUGGCAGAGCGAUACGGAUCUGGGAGCAAAGAUCUUGUCUCAUUUUAAGCGCCUCCCCACACUUGUCAUGGCCGCUCGCCACCCGUUUGUGUGCUGGAUGGUGGCCACGGUGUUCGAGCGUUGCUACCGUUACCGGGGCUACGGGAAGGAUCCUCCCAGACUGACGCCGUUCUACGUCAACAUUUUGAUGGUCCAGAUGAAUCGCAGGCUGCAGUUUUACUAUGACAGGAGGGAAAAUGAGCUGAAAUGGUCCACUGAUGAUAAAAACCUGGUGGUACAGUUGGGAAGGAUGGCCUUGAAAAUGCUGGAGAAGGAUACCAGCGUGUUCUAUGAAGACGAUUUGAGGGAGUACGGCCUGAAGUUGAACGAGGUGGCCGUGUUGUGCGGCAUGUGCACUGCGCUCCCCGCCCCAGCUGCCAAUGGGAGGACAGUGUACUCCUUUAUCCACUUCACCUUCCAGGAGUUCAUGGCUGCUUUGUAUGUCUUCGCAAUGUUUCGCACAGAGGAGAAGAACGUCCUGGACUCUGGGAUCUUGCACAUGCCCAAGAUCUUUGCAUCCAAAGAACAAACCAGGUCCAUCGCAGGCCUGAUCCAGUGUGCGUUGGUGCGAACCUUUAACCACCCACUGGGUCACUUUGACAUGUUCCUGCGCUUUCUGUGUGGCCUGCUUUCCCCAGACUGCCAUGACAAUCAGCUCUGUGGCUACCUCUUCCGCCAGAACGCCCCUAAGGUGGGAGGACUGGAUCAAGCACGGCGGCUGCUGGAGCAGACCAUACAGAAGGCUCCACCUGAAAGGGUGGAUAACCUGAAGGAGUGCCUUAGAGAGAUGACACAGAGCGAUGAGUGAUUCAACUCUGCAUGGUUUCAUGAAAACUUGACAUAAAUGUAAUGAACAUUAAAGUUUUUCUUGUUUGGAGUACAACAUCAAAGAUGAUGAUUAUUUUACCGUUGUACCAGACAAAAUCACGUUUUUAUGCAUUCCAGCAGAGGAGACUUGCAGUACUGCUUUAUAUUUAUAGUCUUACACAGAGCACUAAUAAAAAUGUAUU